AGGGGGCGGGGCCUCCCCGGAGGCCAGUGCGCGGCCGCGGAACUCGACCCGCGCGUCGCUCCGCCCCCAGGGAGAGUCGGCGCCACCAUGGAGGAGUACCAUCGCCACUGCGACGAGGUUGGCUUCAAUGCUGAUGAGGCCCAUAAUAUUGUCAAAGAGUGUGUAGAUGGGGUCUUAGGAGGUGAAGACUAUAACCAGAACAAUAUUAACCAGUGGACUGCGAGCAUAGUGGAACAGUCCUUAACACAUCUGGUGAAGCUGGGAAAAGCUUAUAAGUAUAUUGUGACCUGUGCAGUGGUCCAGAAGAGCGCUUAUGGCUUUCACACUGCCAGGUCAUGUUUUUGGGAUACCACAUCUGACGGAACCUGUACCGUGAGAUGGGAGAACCGAACCAUGAACUGCAUUGUCAAUGUUUUUGCCAUCGCAAUUGUUCUGUAGCUGGCUAAAAAUGUCAGACUAAAGCUGUUAACUUAACAAUGUGUUAGUGUAUCCUUUCCAAAAGGAGUAAUAGUUACUUAUUAAUGCGUUAGUUGGCCAGUGUGUAAUAUGCUUCAAAGCUAUCAACAACAAAUUGAUAUUAUAAGCAAUUUCAUAGUAAGUUGGCAGAUUGUCUCCUAUUCUUUACAGCAUCAUUUAAACAGAAUCAACUGAAUAUUAGCAAAAAGUAAAUGCAGAAAUGUGGCAUGACAUGAAAAUACAAUCUUGCACUUAUGCCGGCUUUUCACUAACAUUAUGUACCUAAGAGAUGGGAGAAUUCAUUCAGAUCGCCAAUUGUCUUUCAGCUAAAGAAACGAACAUGGAUAAUAACCAAAAAGCUACAAGGAUAGAUGUGGAGAAAAUGAUAUGAAGUAGCUAACAUCUUGUAGUGUUUUUAUUUCUUCUGCUCACUUAGUGUUGCAUAAUAUCUAGUGGAAAGUAAUUGUUUUACUCCUGUCAACUAAUAGUACAGUAGCAACUAUGAUUAACUUGUUUACUUUUUCUGAGAGUUGGUAAAUCUUUUUUUUUUUUUCAAAUUCUUGAAUUUACACUUGAGGACAAAAUAAAUCUGGUAACCUGAAUUUUGUAGUUAAGCAAAAUUAGGUACAGUGUAUGUUAAACAGUGUAUGAUUCAAACAACUGCCUUACAAUUCACUCAUUCCAUGUGGAACAAACACAUUGAAUGCCUGUUAGGAGCAUACGUCUCUGCUAGGCAAUGCAGUUAUCAUCAACGUGCAAUCCAAAUGCUAGGUUCCUUUUGACAACUGUUCAGGUGGAAAACUAGCAUUUAUGUAUGGGGAAGAAAAAAAGUUGUUUUACAAAAGAAAAAUAAAUAAAUCUGGUUAUUCAUGUAGAAGUAAACAAAAUGAAAAGCACUUAUUGCUGACUGAAUUAUAAAUGUAAUUUUAAGAGUUGCUCCUAGCAAGUUAAUAAUGUAUAAAAUAUGCAACUCUUAGUUAAAGGCCUUAUUAGUAGUCUUAACUAUAUAAGUAAAUAUUAUCAUACCUAUUAUGUGGGGUUCAAAUUGAGUGGAGUAAAGUAUAAGUUAAAACUGUAUAAUCAUUAGCAGGUUACUUAAUAUCUCAGGGCUUAUGAAAUGUAGUUAAGAAAAAAAAAGAUGGAAAAUUAGGGUACACAGCUGACCACCAAAUGCGAAGUCAAUCUACUAUUUAACCUUGAAAACAAACCCAAUUUUGCAUAUUACCCCUAACAAACACUAAUACGUACAAAGUGGACUCAUGAUUCAUUGCAUUUGGUGGGGGAAGAAAAGCUUGGUAUUAAUAUUGGCAAUAUUAAGGCAGUAUUCUUAUAAGAAUACUAUGCACAUGUUUGAUAUUUUGCUGACUAAUAAUUGUCAAUGUUUAAAAAGAAUGUUAAGAAAAUACAACAAUAGAGUUUUAUGCAGUGAUCUAUAUUUUUGGCCCAUCAUGAAUUCUCAGUCGUUACAUUUAUGUUACUUUAUGCUGCUGGCUUUUGUGUCCUUAAGGAUUAUAAUAGUGACCAAAACAUCUGUGCAGUUAAGGCUUGUUUCUUCUUCUUCUUCUUUUUCUUUUCUUUUUUUUUUUGUUUUUGUUGAAGCCUGAAUACAAAGAAAAAAAAGAUCAAAUCAUACCUCGUGAACUUGCUAUCUGCUGUUUCUAGUUAAAAUAAAGAUUAUCUUCCUGUGUGGUACUUUU